CAGUUGGCGAAGCUCAUAAUCCACCUCCGGGGGAACUCACCUCUGACCGACUGCGAGAUCAAUCCCUGCGUUGACGAGGACGGUGGUCACAAUUUCAGACAAACCAAGCUCUUGAUCCACUACGUUCUCAAGUGCGGGGUUGAGAAGCUCUAUGUUUGGGCCGGUGAUUAUGAGGACGAACCGUUGCAGCUCAGCAAACGUCUCGUCUCCCCGCACAUGAGGAUCAUCAAAUUUUAUUAUGUCACGAUGGUGGAUUCCUCACUGGAUUUCUCGGGCUGCCCAGCAUUAGAGAAGCUAGCAAUGGAAGAUUGCUGCAUUUACAAAAGCAUAUAUUCCAAAUCACUAGAGUAUCUGCGCUUUACUGGGAAUUGUGUCUUCUCUCAGGAUGAUCGCAUUCAUAUUCAUGCCCCGCGUCUUAUCUCUAUCUCGCUGCUAUGUGAUGGAGUUCUCAUUGAUGGCGGCUUGACGCCUUUGCUUGGAAUGAUGCCAUUACUGAAAAGAGCAUAUGUUAGGCUUGGCUAUUCAAGCCGUGAUUCCAGUAAAAGAAACCGGGAUAAUGUGUGCUUGCUUCUGGAUGGAUUGUCCAAUGCUGUUGAUUUGGAACUGAGUUCUAUGCCCGAAGUGCUUAUCUACAGAUGGGAUUUGAAAUGGUGCCCUAAAUUUGACAAACUAAAGACCCUGGUACUCACACUAGUAGAAAAAAGGGCUUUUCUCCCGGUUGGUAAGGCCCUUUAG